UAUGUUAGGUUAUUUGUCCAAAAUAUGUGGUGAAUUAGUUUUUUUGUUGUUUAGCUUUUAUUAAGCAAAUUUGUUCUUGUUAACAUUUUUGAUUAAUAUUUAAUACGUGUAAUAUUUUUAAAUUUAAUGAGUUUUGUAAAUAUAAAUAAAAAAUAUGAGUGACGAUUAUGAUAUUUUCGAGGAACAGCAUAAAUCUCAACUCCUUAGUUGUGCUAUACCGGAACAUUUUUGGCGCUCUUUACAUAAAAAAUUGAAAGCAGAAACAUUCGAUGCUGGACUAUCAUUUACCUUAAUGGUGGUAGAUAAUAAUGAUGUACCUGUUCUUGAAACUGACCCAGUGUUUGCUUUAUAUGUAUCAAAAGAAGAAGGAAUAUAUGCCAAUGAUCCAAAUGAAAUAUAUUUAAUAGAUCAUGCUUGGACAUUUAGAGCUAAUCAAGUACGACCUCAACUAGAACAAAUGCCCAAUCUUGUUAGUAGAAUGUGUGCGUUUACAGGAGUUGAUGUAGAAGAUCCAAAUAGAAUGGAAUUACUAGAAAAACGCAUUUGGAAAUAUUGUCAAUCUUAUUCUAUACAGUCUGAGGGAGUUCCUAUAGAAAAUCAAAUGCCAAUCUGGUACAUAAUGGAUGAAGUUGGAUCUGCUGUUAAUCACAAUGACAAUCCAAAUUUUAGAAUCGUUCCCUUUAUUUUUCUACCUACACAGACAACUUACAGUUUAAUGUUUCCUAUAGUUGACUGUCAAGAAGGAGAUCGGGUAAGAAGAAACUUUAUUGAAAAUAUAUCCGAAGACGAAAAAAUACGAAAAGCGUUGUUGUUACCCUGGAAGCAUACAGAUUUUACAAGUGAAAGUUUUGAGCAAGAAGAACCAAAAGAAGAAUAUUUUACCACUGGGCAUAUUCCUGAAAUUUUACCUAAAAAAUUCACUGAAGGUCCCAAAUUGAACCGUGAUGGACCCUUGAAAGUAUAUACAGAAUACGAAGUAGUCGCCGAAAAUCUAAAUUCUUCAUAUUUUGAAUUAGUUGAUGAUCCCAAUGUAGCAGAUAUUCUUUGGCUUACUAGCCAUUUUAAAAAUUAUAAGGAAUUGCACGAGAACUUUCCAAAUAGAUUUAUAAAUCAAUUUCCGUAUGAAUAUGUUAUAACAAUAAAAGACUUACUAUCAAUAGUAUGUAAAAGAAGAUCAGACAAACAUCAUGAUUCAGAUACUUUAGAAACAUACCCAAAAUGGUUACCUACAACGUACAAUUUGAAAACGGAAUUAGUAGAGUUUGUUUCAUAUUUUCAACAUCGUCAAAAUAAAAAUUUAGAUAAUCAUUGGAUAAUAAAACCAUGGAAUUUAGCCAGAGGUUUAGACACUGAAAUUACAUGUAAUAUAUGGAAAAUAGUGCGAAUGCAAACUACAGGUCCUAAAAUUGCACAAAAAUACAUUGAAAAUCCCGUUCUUUUUUAUCGAAAUGAUCUUGAGGAAAAGGUGAAAUUUGAUAUUCGUUAUGUUAUUUUAUUAAAAAGUGUCCAACCACUUGAAGCAUAUAUUCAUCGAAAAUUUUAUUUAAGAUUUGCCAAUAAAUCUUUUAGUUUGGAUAAUUUACAUGAUUAUGAAAAACAUUUUACAGUAAUGAAUUAUAAUGAAAAUACCUCAUUAAAACAUAUACGUUGUGAAGAGUUUGUGCAAAUGUGGGGUGAACAAUACCCAAAAAAUAAUUGGGAUACUAUUGAAGAAAAUAUUUGUAAAAUGUUUCAUGAAGUUUUGUUGUGCUCCAUUGAGAAGAAACCUCCAUGUGGAAUUGGGGAUUUUAAACAAUCACGUGCAUUGUACGCAGCUGAUUUGAUGCUAUCAUGGGAGGGUGAAAAUAAUAUGCAACCCAAAUUGUUAGAAAUUAAUUGGAUGCCAGAUUGUAAAAGAGCUUGUGAAUACUAUCCUGACUUUUAUAAUGAUAUAUUUGGAUUAUUGUUUCUAAAUGAAAUGAAUUCUGAACAAUUCAAAAUUGUUAAAUAGUAAAAACUUGUUAUUAAAAUUUGUUUAUACAACUUUCAUAUUUUCAA